GUAGUUUUACUCUCGCGCAUGCGCGGUUGCCGAACGUGUGCCGGAAACGGAAGAGUGACGCAAGGAAGGUAAUCAGUAGGGGGAAUUAAAAGUUCCAAAAGCGACUACAAUAGAACGCAGAUAAAGUCCCGGGAAGCUGCCCGGUGUCGAACAGAGAAGGAAUAGACCCGUUGGAGAGGCCUCACAGAAAUGCGUGCUGGUCAACCCUUCACAGUAUAGUCAAGAUGGGCAAAUGACAUCAAGAACAUAAGAGCGACGCUGCUUUCUGUGCGUUUCCAGUCCAAAUGAAGAGAUGGAAGAGAUGAGAUGUAGUCCUGACAGCAACCAAGUCUCCAACAACAGCAAUUGUUCCAAGGCGGUGAGUCCGGCCGCGGGGGAACAUCCUCUCCAGUACAACUACACUUUCUGGUACAGUCGUAGGACACCGAGCCGUCCCACAAGCUCGCUGAGUUACGAACAGAACAUUCGACAGAUUGGCACUGUUGCAUCGGUGGAGCAGUUCUGGAAGUUCUACAGUCAUCUGGUCCGUCCAGGAGAGCUGAGUGGACACAGCGACUUCCACUUAUUCAAGGAGGGCAUCAAACCUAUGUGGGAGGACGAGUGCAACCGCAGUGGGGGCAAGUGGAUCAUCCGGCUGCGGAAGGGGCUCGCGAGCCGAUUUUGGGAGAACGUCAUUCUCGCCAUGGUGGGGGAACAGUUCAUGGUGGGCGAGGAAAUCUGCGGCGCUGUCGUAUCCGUACGCUUCCAGGAGGACAUCCUUUCAAUCUGGAACAGGACGUCCGGCGAUCAUAUCACAACGUCCAGAAUCAGGGAGACUUUAAGACGGGUUCUCAACCUUCCCCCCAACACCAUCAUGGAGUACAAGACCCACAAUGACAGCCUCAGGGACAACUCGAGCUUCAGAAAUACGAAAAUUUCCCGAUGACGGUUGUGGCCGCCGGCGUUCCCGUCCGCUCGCAGAACGGAAUUACACGUUGCAGCAGACGACGAGCGUGUGUUUGCGUGUCCGCGUGAAGCGAUUAAACCCAGCUCAAGUCAUUUCA